AUGUCAAGUUCCAACAAUCAAUGGCUUCAAUUCUACGAAAACAACCAACCUACAACAGUACAAAGCUCGUCCGGUGACGCCGCCACUGAUGCGACGGUGGUCACCAACACCACCACCACCAGCAACAACACCGGUGUCUCUAAUCAGCUCAGCAAGGUAACAAGACCCACAAAUAGUCGAAGACGAUCAAGAGCUUCAAGGAGAACUCCGACCACCUUACUCAACACCGACGCCACCAACUUUCGUGCCAUGGUCCAACGCUUCACUGGUGGUGGCAACACCGGCGGCGAUGUAACUUCCACUCCAUAUCUAUCAAACGAGUCAUCCGUUACUUCUUCUCAUCAGUUGUUGAACACUUACAACAAUAAUACAUAUAGUUUCACUGAUGGGAUUCGAUCAAGUAGCCCGGGGGUUGCGCUGCGUCCUAAUGAUGGCUAUAACGUGCAGUUCCGGCAACCACAAAGCCAACAGUAUUUCACGAUGACGGUGGAGGAUGGUGGAAGUACCACAGCUAACGAUGGUGGUGAUGAACAUUUGGGGUUUAGACAGAGUGGAUCUUAUAAUUGUCAAAAAUCGUUGAUAGAUGUUUCAGAUGGAGUCAUCGUCGGACCAUACACCACCACCUACGUCUUUCUAUCUAGGGUUCGUCCAUGCUCCGGCGAAGCGUGGAUUGGGGAGGAACGAUUGAUUUUACCGUUCAACACAAUGAUAAAACGACCGCUUCGCUCUCCUUCUGCCAGCUCUUUGUUCGAUCUCCAUUCUUGCCCUAAAUCCCACUAA